AUGGGGCCCAGCGCUCCGUUCCUCGUCCUGCUUCUUGUGUCAUGGUUGGCACCUCUUCAUGGACAGCAGCACCACCUUGUGGAGUACAUGGAACGCCGACUAGCUGCCUUAGAGGAACGGCUGGCCCAGUGCCAGGACCAGAGUAGUCGCCAUGCAGCUGAGCUGCGGGACUUCAAGAACAAGAUGCUGCCACUGCUGGAGGUGGCCGAGAAAGAGCGGGAGGCGCUCAGAACAGAGGCCGACUCCAUUUCUGGAAGAGUGGAUCGCCUGGAGCGGGAGGUGGACUAUCUGGAGACCCAGAACCCAGCCCUGCCCUGUGUGGAGAUUGAUGAGAAGAUGACUGGAGGCCCUGGCACCAAAGGCAAGGGCAGAAGAAAUGAGAAGUAUGAUAUGCUGACAGACUGUAGCUACACAAUCUCACAAGUGAGAUCUAUGAAGAUCCUGAAGCGUUUUGGCAGCUCAGCUGGCUUAUGGACCAAAGAUCCAUUAGGACCAACAGAGAAGAUCUAUGUGCUAGACGGGACUCAGAAUGACACAGCGUUUGUCUUCCCGAGGCUGCGGGAUUUCUCCCUUUCCAUGGCUGCCCGCAAGGCUUCCCGGGUCCGAGUGCCCUUCCCCUGGGUGGGCACAGGGCAGCUGGUCUAUGGUGGCUUUCUCUAUUAUGCCCGGAGGCCCCCUGGAGGACUUGGAGGGAGCAGCCAGUUGGAGAACACUCUGCAGCUCAUCAAAUUCCACCUGGCCAACCGAACAGUGGUGGACAGUUCAGUGUUCCCUGCAGAAGGACUGAUUCCUCCCUAUGGUCUGACAGCAGACACCUACAUUGACCUGGCAGCUGAUGAGGAGGGCCUUUGGGCGGUCUACGCAACUCAGGAGGAUGACAGACAUCUGUGUCUGGCCAAGUUAGACCCACAGACACUGGACACGGAGCAGCAGUGGGACACCCCGUGCCCGAGAGAGAAUGCUGAAGCGGCCUUUGUCAUCUGUGGGACCCUAUAUGUUGUCUAUAACACUCGCCCUGCCAGCCGGGCCCGCAUCCAGUGCUCCUUCGAUGCCAGCGGUACACUUACCCCCGACCGGGCGGCCCUCCCUUAUUUCCCCCGCAGAUAUGGAGCUCACGCCAGCCUCCGUUAUAACCCCCGAGAGCGCCAGCUCUAUGCCUGGGACGAUGGCUACCAGAUUGUCUACAAGCUGGAGAUGAGGAAGAAAGAGGAGGAAGUUUGAGGUGCUAGCUUGGGUUUUUG